AGAUGAUAGAGUGUGAGAGAGAGAGAGAGAGAGAGAGAGACAGAGAUAGGGUUUUGCAGAGGCCAGCGGAGAAGAGAAGAGAAGAGAAGAGAUGCCUUGCUUGAACCUGUCGACUAACGUGAACGUGGAGGGCGUUGACACCUCCUCCAUCCUCAAGGAGGCCACUUCCACCGUCGCCGAUCUCAUCGGCAAACCUGAGGCUUAUGUGAUGAUUGUGUUGAAGGGUUCCGUGCCCAUUGCUUUUGGUGGGACUGAGGAGCCAGCAGCCUAUGGUGAGUUGGUGUCCAUUGGGGGCUUGAACCCAAGUGUAAACAAGAAGCUUAGUGCUGCAAUUUCAGCGAUACUUGAAGCCAAGUUGUCUAUUCCCCCGUCACGAUUCUUCCUGAAAUUCUAUGACACUAAGGCGUAUCAAAGUCAAGAACAUGCACAGUGUCUGCAUGCUUUACACCAGUACUAGCUAAUGGCUCCAACUUUGGAUGGAAUGGAACCACCUUCUAAAUUCAGUGUCACUUCUGUUGUGUUAUUUUGAGUCUAUCGUGAACUGGAUGCUAUGUAUGGAAAGUAAGGCUAUUUGUCUUGUAACUUGGUAUUAUAAUUUAUAACUUCUAUGGUAGUACCUAUCUAAAAAAAAAAUACUUCUAUGGUAGUAUUGGUAAGAAUGUUACGUCUUUUCUGUUAUCAUGUUACAGUUUAUGUCGACCAUAAUUAACUGCCUUCCCGAGGUGCAUCCUUUUUCAUUGAUCUA